AUGUUAUCUCUUCAGGAGUUUUUUAAGGUGCAAGAAAUUGAAAAGGAGGGCUUUACCAAUUUCGGUGACUUGAAAUAUGUUAAUAAAAAUAUACUUCAAUUUGAAACAUUUUUAAAGAGUACUUUUGUGUUAAGAAAUGCUAACAAGAUUGAAUUGUCUACCAUCCCAAUACAGACCACUUAUGAAGAGGUAAUUGACUUUGUGAUAGGAUUUUUAUUACAAAAUAAUUUUUUUAAUAACGUUUUGGUCUUUGGGUUUAAACGAAAUCAUCAAAAUGAUGUCAAUAAAUCAUUCUUCUCAUAUACCCCAAAUAGGCAGAUCCAAGAAUUGAAAACUAUUCAUUGGAGAAUGUUAUUUGAUAUUGUUGGAAUUUCUAAAUUUAUGGAUUUGAUGAUUAAUUUUUCUGUGUUUCAAUUAGACGGUAAAAAGUGGAAGCAAAUACUGGGUAAUCAGGCAAAUAAACCAACAGUCCCACCGUCAUGGUUGAUUGAAGAUUCAACAUCAAAACAAAUAGAUAUGAUAUCUUUGAAACAUUUUUUGCACAGAAAUUAUACGAAGUUUGGAACAUUUGAUCCAUUAAUAAAUAGGUGUAAAUUAGAUGACUUAAGACGAUCUAUAUUCUGUACAUGGUCAAUUAACUUAACUAAACGUCAGAAAAUUGAGAUAAAUACUCAAUUAAAUUUAUUGAUUAGAAACUGCAGUAAUAGAAAAAACAAUUAUUUUUCUAUGUUGAAUUAUUUGUGUCCUGUUAAAUCAACAGGAAACUAUACAUCACAUUUAGAUCUUCAGACUCCAAAGAAAAACGUUGUUAGAUUAGUUAUUCUGGUUUUAGAAAAGCUUAUUCCAUUAUCUAUGUUCGGAUCAAAGCAUAAUAAAUCAAAAAUCUUUAAGGGAAUAUCUGCUUUGAUUAAUCUUCCUCUCAAUGGUGUAUUAUAUAUCAAUGAUUUAAUUUCAAAAGUACGGAUGAAGGAAAUUAUCUAUUUGUAUACCGGUACUGAUCGAGAUAAUCAUAAAAGAAGUCAGAUAUUAUUUAAAAAUUUUGUUUUGUGGUUACUGACGAGUAUGGUCCCUAGAAUAAUCAAAUCCUUUUUCUAUUGUACUGAAAUAUCUUCAUUGACUGAUAUAGUCUAUUUCAGACAUGAUAUUUGGCAAAGAUUGACUACGCCUUUUAUCUCUGAAUAUUUUAACAAGUAUCUAUUUGAGAAUACUGUUUGUAGGAAUCAUAAUAGUUAUCUUCUUUCUGAAUUCAAUCAUAAUAGAAUAAGGGUUAUACCUAAAAAGGCUAAUGGAGAAUUUAGAGUUAUUGCCAUCCCAUCCAGAGGAGCAGAUGAGGAAGAACAUUUAUCUUAUAAAAUAAAUAGAUUGAAGGUGGUUAUACCUAUGCAAGCAAUACUAAAUUACCUUCGUUAUAAAAGGGCUACUGAUUUCGAAAAGGUUAGUUCACCUUUUCAAGUUGCUAAUAAAUUGUUGAAUUUUAAGAAUGAUUUAAUAAAGCAGCAUAACACUCUACCUGAGUUGUAUUUUAUGAAGUUCGAUGUUGCAUCUUGUUAUGAUUCAAUUCCAAGAAAAAAACUCUUCUCCGUGAUUAAGGCAUUGCUACAAUCUGAAACAAAUUUUUAUGUUAAAAGCUAUACGGUUUAUAAUCCAACUGACGGAAGAUUGAAAAUAAAACAUAUAGUUAACGAUGAUAAAGGAAAAGUCUCAGAGAAAUUGUACAUUAAUAAUAAUCAAGAAUUUUUUUUCACUGUUGAGAGUAUACUUGAUGCUAUAAAAUUCGAACUUUUCAAAACAGCAUUAUGGAUUGAUGAUAAAUGUUAUCUUAGAAAAGACGGUAUAUUUCAAGGUUCAAGUUAUUCUCCAUUAUUAGUUGAUAUUUUGUAUGAUGAUAUGAUCCAGAGUUUUAAACAGUUUAGAUGCCGUGAGGGACAUCAACUUUUGAUUAUUAGAAUUGCUGAUGAUUUCUUAAUAGUAUCCACAGAUAAAGACCAGAUCAUGGAGAUAAGAGACCUGGCAGUUUUAGGUUUUGGUGAUUAUAAUGCAGUGGCUAAAAAGGAGAAAAUUGUUGUUGUGGACUCUAGGUGUACUCUUUCUAAUCACCGUAUCCUUUCAUUUUGCGGACUUAACAUUGAUGUUAGUAGUUUAGAGAUUUGGAAGAGUAAAGAAUCUUUGAAUAUUCCAAUAAUUAAUAAUCCAUCUACCAUAAAAACAUAUAAGCGUAUCUUAGAUUUAUUUAGAUUAAGGCUGGAAUACCGUACGUUAAAUGGUGCACUUAAUUCAUUGGAAACUAUACAAAACCAGAUUGAUAUAUUUAUGGAUAAUAUAAGUAGCAUCUUUAUAAAAGCAUUUGAUAAGAAAAAAGUUAGGAAAGAUGCUUUUCUAGAGUUUAUCCAUAAUUUAUUUACAAUGCUAUUAGAAUAUUCUUAUAACAUCAAAAUUUUAGAGACUGAAUAUAUUACAAUAGUUAAGAAAAUUCUAUUUGAAAAGUUUAUAUAUUAUAUGAAACUGCAUAAAAUCAAAUAUUUUGAUAUCAUAGAGAGUUUAGCAAAGGGUAAAACUCUGCUAUAG